UUAUUAUUAAAUAUUCAUGAUGUACGAUAGUAAAUGAAGAAAUUAUAAUUUAUCCUAAUGAUAUUAUAAAAAGUUUAAAUAUAAAAAAUAUAUUGACAUAAAUAAAAUGAAUCCAGGUAUUUUAAACUAAUUUGAAUGUGGAUUAUAAAAUAAUUUUAUUUUUGCAGAUUCUAAGGAAAACAACAAAGAUUCCAUAGAUGAUUACAUAGAAACGUUGGUAGAAUCAAAGCCGGUGGUAUUCAGCAACUCGGAAAUAUGUUAUAAUGACAAUGAAAGACAUUUAGAAGAAUUUUACCAUAUUUUAAAGAAAAAUAAAGAAAAAAAUGAAAAUGAUUCCACUUUAUAUGCUAAAGAAAGCCAACAUGAACUAAAUAUCGCAAAAACAAUAAAACCUUCACUGACACAGAAUGAUAUAAGUGUAAAAGAUUACGUAAAGAACAUAUACAUACCAGAUGAAGAGGUGGAGUCUAUGAGUCUAGAAGAAUGCGUGAAUUUCAAGAAAAGAUUCAACAUCGAGACGUUUGGAACGAGAGUUCCAAAGCCCAUUUCCUCAUUUAUCCACUUAUCGAAGAGUAUACCAACAACUAUUCUGAACCGCAUAGAAAAAAUGGGAUUUUACGAGCCGACGCCCGUACAGAGUCAAGUAAUACCGUGUAUUUUGCAGGGAAGGAACACAAUAAUAUUAUCUGAAACGGGAAGCGGAAAGACCAUAUCAUACUUAAUACCAAUAGUGGUAAAAGUACUUGAUUUAAUUAAGCAGUGGAAGUCAGUUUCAGGUAAAAAGAAUGUGUACGCACUGAUUCUCACACUCACCAGGGAACUAUGUAACCAGGUUUAUAGCUUGCUGCAGAAGCUCUGCAAGGGAAUUAAUUUAAGAAUAACACUAAUCACAGCGGGAGUUGAUAAGACUGAAAUGUUCAGAUCAGUGUACAACGGAUGUGAAAUCGCAAUUUGCACUCCUCAAAGACUAGUUGAUAUGAUUUCAUCCAAGGGAAUUAAUUUGUCAGAAUCUAAGUUUUUCGUACUUGAUGAAGCCGAUAAGAUGUUUACAAAGGAGUACGAAUCUAAGGUAAUAAGUAUACUAAAUUUACUGAGAGACGAUACCCUCAUGGUGUUAGUUUCGGCAUCAACAACUGAUGAGAUAUACAAGAAGAUAAAGUCUCUAGUAAGAAACACAAUAACAGUGAAAGUAGGCUUGUCAGACGUAAUUAACCUUGAGAACAUACAACUUAAAUUUCUAACAUUCUUCUCACAUAACUUUUUGGCUCAGAAAAACACCUGGCUGGAAGAUAAUCUACCGGCACUUGAGUCACAAUCGCAGGUAAUAAUUUUCUGUAACUCAAGAGAAACAGUUGAACAGCUGUAUUCAUUCCUCUACUCAGCUUACAAGUCCUGCUGUAAACUUUAUGGAGAUAUGCUACCGACAGAACGACAUGGGACAAUUUCGUUCUUCAAGAAGGGUAAUUACCGAACACUCAUUGCAACGGAUUUGGUUUGCAGAGGAUUAGAUAUACCAGCAGUUGGAGUGGUGAUAAACUACGAUACCCCGAGACAUUUUCAUACAUUUCUACAUAGAGUUGGAAGGUGCGCAAGAGGGAGUUCCAAGGGAACGAGUUACACAUUUUUCACAAAAAAUGAUAAUAAGAUGGCAGCAUAUAUAUUAAAUUACCUAGAAAAUGAAAGUAAAAAGUCGAAAAUCAAGAUAAACACUACAGAAGAUCCUAAUUCCACUGGCUACAUAACAAUCCCUGAACAUUUGAAGGCCUUGGCAAUGACAUUUGGACCAUACAAAAGAUCUAAACAGCUGGGAAUGGACUUCAUAGAAUACAUGUCAAAGGGCACGUUGUUGAAACAGAAUAGUAAUCGGGGCAAGCGGCCUUUAGAAGUGAAUAAAACGAGUGCAUUUGUCACUAGUAAGUUUAGUAAAACAUCAACACAUGAUUUCACAAUCAUCGGAUAUAGCGAAGAAGAGAACAUAGGGAAAGAAUACACAGCAAAUGAUGAAAUAUCAAGCUCAGAUGAAGAAUAAUUAUUUUUUUUAAUUUACAGUUAAUUUAUUAUAUUUAUA